GCCGAGUAGGCCAGCCCAGCCGCAGACUGUUUACGUUUCUCCACCUUGUCCCAAAGUAGCGCUUCUACCCAAGUACAAAUGCAUUCACGUUAAAAGUAACACUUGCUCUUGGUCCGACGUUGUGUUAUCGUAAAUAUCUUCAGCGCGUUAUGAAAUGUUCGAGCUGUGCUAAUUAAUUUAGGACGCAGCUAACAAACAUCUCUGAAAUACUCGAGCUUUUGUUUGCCAUGUACCUUUGCUACGCAAUGAAUUGAUCUCUUAAUGAAAUAAUUCCGCAUUUAUCCGCAUUGUUAGGAAUGAUUGACAGGAAUACAGUGUAAAAGCAGAAUAUAACAUUAAUUUUACAUCCUGUAUGUAGUCUGUUCUGUUGGUCACCAAGGGAAGUUUACGUGUAAGUCGAGCUACAUCACGUAAAGGCAGUUAAACGUAUUGAUAAAGUUAGAAACUAGAAUAACACAAACACACACAAUACUGUACAAACCGAGUGAAUAGGAAGGAUUGAGCUCCAGUAAUUUCAUACAUUUUCGUUUGAACUGGAAUGUAAGUAAUAACUCAGCGGCACCAUCAGUUCCCCGGACAUUAAACUAAACAUGGGCAGUGACGGUGGCAAAGACCCGUAUGCCACUACCUUCCUGAGGCAGCGAGGCUACGGCUGGCUGCUGGAAGUCGAGGAGGAAGAUAAUGAAGAGAGCAAACCUCUACUCGAGGAGCUGGACAUUGAUCUGAAGGACAUCUAUUACAAGAUUCGAUGUGUGCUGAUGCCAAUGCCAUCGCUGGGUUACAACCGUCAGGUGGUCAGAGACAAUCCAGACUUCUGGGGCCCUCUGGCCAUGGUUUUGCUCUUCUCCAUGAUCUCCAUUUACGGACAAUUCAGGGUUGUAUCUUGGAUCAUCACCAUCUGGAUAUUUGGAUCGCUAACUAUUUUCCUGUUGGCUCGUGUUCUUGGUGGUGAGGUUUCUUAUGGCCAGGUCCUUGGAGUGAUCGGAUAUUCCCUCCUUCCUCUCAUCGUCAUAGCCCCUCUGCUCUUAGUGAUCGGAGGGUUUGAGGUGGUUUCUACUCUAAUCAAACUGUUUGGAGUGUUCUGGGCUGCAUACAGUGCUGCUUCACUGCUUGUUGGAGAUGAAUUUAAAACGAAGAAGCCCCUCCUCAUUUAUCCCAUUUUCCUUUUGUACAUCUACUUCUUGUCACUAUAUACUGGUGUGUGACCAGAUGAGUUGGAACUGUGGACCUUUUAUGGACAGUGACCCUGGAGAAUAGGGGAAAAAGUCAAACUAUGAAACCAAGACUUUUUUAAAAGGGUGUUUAUUUCCUUUUUUAACUCCUGAAUUGUAGAUGGUGGGGAUGUUGGGA